UGUAUUUCAGGCCAGCAUGGUCAAAGUACCUUGGGGAAGGUGCGCGUUGGACCAGCUGGUCCCCCUGGGCCUCCUGGGACACCUGGGCCAGCUGGACUAACCGGGAAAACUGGAGCUACUGGACCAUCAGGACCUAAAGGUAAAAUUAUCUGUUGUUUCUUUCUUGGUGUUGGAAACGGGUUAAUCACCAAAUGACGUAAUUCAUGCAAAAUAUUGAAAAGACACUAAAUAAUACCCACACCAAAACACAAGAGCGAAAAAGCAAUAGUUUUCGAGCUGGCUCCAUGGCAUCUAACUGAGAAAUUAAAAGCGCUCGUAUCUAAUCGGCGAAAAUUAAGUUUUCUGGCAAUGAAAUACCCAAUAACGUUGUUGAGUGCUCAGCAUUGAUUCAUUCUUCACAGGGGACGCGGGAAAACCUGGAAUCAACAAGCCAUUCCCAGGCCCUCCUGGUCCUAAAGGAGACCAGGGAGCAGUUGGAAGGACUGGAGCGCAGGGACCACAGGGUGCAAAAGGAGAAAAGGGACAGGAUGGAUCUGGGACAUCAGGGGUGAAGUACAUUCGCUGGGGAAGAACCACAUGUCCUACUGGGGUGCAGAUAGUUUAUAAAGGUAAGAGAAUGGUCAUCCAAAUAAUAAGGGUUUUGUACUCUACUGUUCAGUGCAAAUAGGUUCUUAAGAUGUAGAGUGACUAGCGAAUAUUUCUAUAUCGAGUAAUUCUUUUGCAGUAUUAUUACGGUUAUUACAUUCAACGUCUUUGCUGCUCUCUUUUUCCAGACAACUUUAUUCCCUAUCUUUUAAACCACCAUGAAAAAAGAAUUAUACUAGAUCGUUUUUUACAGCCAUUCGGGAUGUAAUAUAGAGUUAUUAAUCAAGUCAAUUUUGCUCCUGCCACUAGGUAUAAUGGGUGGAGAGCACUACACUCACCCUGGUGGUGGGGCGAGUUACCUCUGCCUUCCACACAAUCCAAAAUAUGACAAGUACAGAAAUGGCCAUCAGAGCUCCGGAUACGUGUACGGCACUGAAUAUGAAGUGAGUGAAUACAACGGAGACCCUUUUAAGAGAAAUCUCCAUAAUCAUGAUGCGCCAUGCGUUGUCUGCUUCGUCAAGUCACGUGGUUCAAUGCUGAUGAUGCCUGCUAGGAAUGACUGUCCGUCUGGAUGGACCGAGGAGUAUCAUGGGUACCUGAUGACUGCAUAUCGUGGCCACAAGCAUUCAAGUGACUUCGUCUGUGUUGAUGGGGAUCCGGAGUAUGUUCCUGGUAGCCAUGCCGGCAAAGAUGGUGCUUUGCUGUACGCUGUGGAAGGUGUUUGCGGCUCACUCCCGUGUCUUCCUUAUGUCAGCGGUCGAGAGUUGACAUGCGCUGUGUGCACCAAGUGAUGAGGGGCUUACAACGAGCUGCAACGUCAAAAAAAGGAUAAUUAUAUUUGAUUCGAAAUAUCAUAAUACGCCAUUAAGUUAAAAAGAAAACGUAAAGGAAAGUCCAUUGUAGCAUAACACGAGCUACAUGUACAAGUUAACACAAUAAAAAUAAAAGAUAAUCAGUCAGAAAGAACAAUAUGUUGCUUUACUGGGAAUCUUCAAGCUCGUAAAUCCCUUUACCUUGUCCGAAAUCAUGGAAGAAAAGCAUUUCAAAAUACUUUGACGCUUAUACGCAGCAAAUUAUAGAUUUUUUUAAAGUACAUCAAUGAACACAUAUUCGUUAUUAAAUACACCACAAAUAUUGCUAUUAUGCAGCUGCCCAAAGUGCAGACGAUCUUUCAUUUUCGGCUAUUUUGAUUUAAUUGUAAUCCGAACCUUUGGUGAGGAAAUAGUGAAGUACCGAUUUAAUUCAACUGGACAACUUCAACUCUUGCCGAGACAUUCUGUAGAGAAGUUGAACGUUGAUUGACCAUAAGAUGAUAUUGCACACUUGCGUACGUUAUCUGGGUCACAGGACACCCAAUAUACGACAUGACAACAGGGAAUUGUUUAGAUUGAGAUCGUUAAGCUGUUAGCAAAGAGAUAUUGCUCGCGUUUAAAGCUUAAAACAGUAUAAGUUCUUUUUCAGCUUCAAGACAGUGAACUCAGAGUCGUCUCUAUGAAGAUAACAAAAACUCUAAAUGAAAAUAUGGCUGUCACAUUUGUAAUCGCAAUUGAAGCAAUUGCAAAUUAACCCGAUAAAAAUUCGGGGCUAACUUCAACGCGAGUAAAACCCAUGAACUAUGAAGAUCCAUACAUUGGGAGCAGGGCAAUUUGUUGAGUUCAUCUUACCCGCGAAAGUUCACAUCAUCUUCAUUGCACAACAGAAACUGUCUCGUCAUCAAUAAUGAUAAUAAAGCGAUUUACAAUUAAAUUCGAAAAUGUAUCUAAAAAUUAAAGUCACCCACUGUCUGUCUUUUCAUUGGCUAAGAGUCUACAUUUAAAUUUGGAAAUCAGCUCGUAAAUCCCUUUACCUUGUCCGAAAUCAUGGAAGAAAAGCAUUUCAAAAUACUUUGACGCUUAUACGCAGCAAAUUAUAGAUUUUUUCUAAGUACAUCAAUGAACGCAUAUUCGUCAUUGAAUACACCACAAAUAUUGUUAUUAUGCAGCUGCCCAAAGUGCAGACGAUCUUUCAUUUUCGGCUAUUUUGAUUUAAUUGUACUCCGAAUCUUUGGUGAGGAAAUAGUCAAGUAUCUAUUUAAUUCAUCUGGGCAUUUUCUUCCCUCUUUCUUGCCGAGACAUUCUUUAGAGAAGUUGAACGUUGAUUGACCAUAAGAUGAUAUUGGACACUUGCGUACGUUAUCUGGGUCACAGGAAUCCCAAUAUAAUUAUCUAUAUCACCAUUAAUGUUUCGACCUGACAACAGGGAAUUAUUUAGAGUAAGAUUAAGCUGUUAGCAGAGACAUUGCUCGCAUUUAAAGCUUAAAACAGUGUAAGUUCUUUUUCAGCUUCAAGACAAUAAACUCAGAGUCGUCUCUAUGAAGAUAACAAAGACUCUAAAUGAAAAUAUGGCUGUCACAUUUGGAAUCGUAAUUUAAGCAACUGCAAUUUAACCCGAUAAAAAUUCGGGGCUAACUUCAACGCGAUUAACACCCAUGAACUAUGAAGAUCCAUACAUUGGGAGCAGGGCAAUUCGGUUGAGUUCAUCUUACCCGCGAACGUUCACAUCUUCAUUGCACAACAGAAACUGUCUCGUCAUUAAUAAUGAUAAUAAAGCGAUUUACAAUUAAAUUCGAAAAUGUAUCUAAAAAUUAAAGUCACCCACUGUCUGUCUUUUCAUUGGCUAAGAGUCUACAUUUAAAUUUGGGAAUCAGCGCAACCUACAGAUAAGUUAGUUAUCUCAGUGUUGGCAGAUAACUGACUUGACGUCUGCAAAUGUAAACAUUGUGUAAACGCAUUGACAUUCCACAUAAUACCUUGAGCACACCGAGAAAACCGCAUGUGCUUAAUUGUUAGGGCAAGCGUUCUGUCAAUUCUAACUGAGUUCAGUUCAGUGGAACAGUCACUAAAGAAUCACUAACGCAAACAAGGACCUGCCGCCUAACUAAGGAACUGCACAAACUAGUGAAUUCAGCUGUCCCAAUAGCUUUUUCCUUUGCCUGAGUGCCGCCCUCAAGCGGUUACCCUUUACUAAUUGAAUAAUAUUGAACUUUCUUAACAGUUUCUUUCGAAGAAGGGAAAACAGUUUUGGUUUCGACUACCUUCGAUUUAUUAUCGACAGAUACAUGUAGUUAGCCUCGUUCAGGGCUUUCCCUGGGGGCGGUGAAAAGCCCUGGGGGUGAGAGAUUGAUACGUAUGUGAAUUACAUUUUUCAUAUACUUGAAGCCUGAAAAAGUUACUCCUUUCCGCCGGAGCCUUUCCGUAUAAGCCGUUAAAGGAUGUACCUCCGAGGCACCGGGUGUCCCACCGUAUCUGUGCGUUACGACGAGUCAUCAGGACAAUAAUUUAGCUUGAAACGACAAGUACGACUCUUGGGUGAGCUGAAUAAGAGCAAAAUUUGUUUUCUUUUUCAUAGAGUAUUCGGCCAUGAAUAGGAAUUUGCCAUCUAGCCGCAUAUGAAAACUACGUUUAAAAUGAUUUACUGAAACAAGUUGCAGUAUACUGUAUCCACGGGACCUACGGAUGGGUGCGCAGAUGGUUGAAGGCAAUGGACCGACUAUAAUGCUUGUUCUACGUCCCGCUUCCGCGCACCCUUUAGACUAUAACAGCCUUGCGCUUUGAGUCAGUUCAGACAUUCGAAUGUUAGUUGACUUGGCCCUCUUCUAAGGUUUCUCUCUUAAGGUUCGCCAGUCUUCCUCUCCCUGCUACAAAAAAGCACGAUACGUACUGGAAUGAAUUCGCGCCAAAACUGAUUUAUCUAAAGAGACACUUCAGUUUUACUUUUUAAUCUCCUCAAAGAGUCGAUCUAUACUGAAUGAUUAUUUUUAGAAACCGUUUUGGCUGUUAUUGGUUCUCGGCUCCGAUCUGAAGGUUUUUUUCCCAGGUUUUGUGAUUUAUUCACUCGACAUAAACCUGCUUUUGAAAAAGUCCCAACUGACGGCAGACUCAGCUUCGGACCUUCACAUGUUUUAUGUACUAACUUGGUUUGUAAAACCGUUAAGUCGAUCUCAAUUAAAUUAUCAUAAUACUGUAGAAUUAAAAGUGAUCUCUUAGAGAGUUGGAAAGAAUUCUUUAAAAGAAACUUUGUACUUUUAGUGACUGUCCUGGCAAGUGUAUUAGAUCCUUAGGCGUAGAUCUUAAGUUUGUUAAGUUAAAUGAGUGUCUGUCAUGAGUAAUGACAGAAUUACCUUGCUCUUUUGCCGUAGUAGCAGUCGUAGCAUGCAUAAUCAGUUUGAAUUGUCAUUAAAUCAAUUGAAAAGCAAAGUAUCCAUGUUUACUUUGAGAAACCCGCAAAAUUUUAGCUUAUUCUGGCAUGUAAUAAAUGGAACAAAUUUGAGGAGUUAUGAAACUAACUUGACUUAUUUUGAUUAACUACCUUUCGUUUUCGGUUGUUUUUUUAAAAGUUAAAGGCGAUGGGGUAUUUAUUUUAUGAUAGAAGCUCGUAACAGUUCUCAGUAUUACUUCCGCUUGGAGACAGGAUGUACUAAGCAGUGUAAUACUCAACUAAGCAGCGGUAAUACUUGACAUUGCUCCCUUUGACUUCCGAUGUGCACAUGUUGCUACGUUACAAACGAGAAUAAAUUCUCGAUUCUUAUCAGUGUUUCACCCUCUGAUUUCGACGUGACUUACACUUGAUAAUAAUUUUCUUUAAAGUGCGCUGUCUGAGGCAGUACUGUAAAAAAGAGAAGACGCUCAUACGCUAUUUGCGAUCGCUGGAAUUAUAAGCUGUCGGUACGUAUCGUACAGGGAUGCGUUUACAGGCUCUAAAGCUGGCGAUGUUCUGUGCUAUUGCUACUCACAUAUCCGCCAAGUAUGAAACUCGGGCGCCUGAAGGACGAGUCGCAAAUCCUAACCCCAAUCGAGUAUCUGCUGAUGAAGCUGAAAUAUGCGAAAAACGCUCUUUGUUGAGCCGAGGACGAAAAGCAGUAAAGAAAAACGCGACUUUAAAUUUGUCGGACAUCGAAAAACGAUUGAGAGACGUAGAGGAAAGGUACGUUUUAUUUUCUUCACUGAAAAAUCCUUACUCUAUUAAUUGCUCAGGAAACUGCUCUGAAAAGUCCGAAGGUAACUCGAAUUAAAGUUUUCUAGUUGCAGUUUGCAAGAAGACGCAAUAUUUUAUCCGAUGACAUUAGGAAAGAAAAUUACAAAGAAAAAAUAGUUCUAUAGCCAAUGUGAAUCCAGUUUAUCAAGAGAAUUUUCUCGCAGUACGUAUAUAGCAGCCAGUAUUUUACGCGUAGAAAUGCACAUUAAAACAAACCAGGAUAGUUGACAACGACUUUAAAAACCUGUAACAGUAAUCUCAAUGACGGUUUUCGUCAGUACUCAAUGGAGUGGUGCUCCUUUAUUUAUGAGAGCGGUGUACUGCAUGACAGACUUUGCGGUUGAGAAUCCUUCAGUCAAAAGCAUUUAUUGUAAUUCAGAAAAUUUCCUUGUCUUGUGCAAACGGCAUCUUUUGGUUCUAAAUUUAGUCUUAAACUGAGCCUAUCAACUCACUAACAUUUUUUAAACCUGGAAACAGCCUGUGAAACUCUAUAUAAUUGCUGUGAAACCGUCCAAAAGCGGAUUUCGUCGCAUUUAAAUUUUGUGGAGGUAGACUGUAAGUAACCUCGUUUGAAGACAUGAUAUUGAAUCAUGUUGAAUAUUUUUAGUAACAUUGCUAGCUCUUAAAGGUCCAAGUUUGAGAAAAAGUCAUCUUGCAUCAGUAAGCUUUUAGCAGCUGGAACAGGCAAAUUUAAUCAAGUGAAUGGGAAACCAUAUUUCAGUUAAUUUAGCAAGAAUAUAUCUGACUUAUUUACCCAAGGCAAAAACGUUAAUUUUUUUUGUGUCACCCAAGCAUUAUAACUCUAUCAGCACAACUCUGUUGAAGAGAUUUACUCACUGCAGAUGAAUUAAUUAAAGUCGAUUAAAAGUUAGUGUCAGAAUUGGUGCAAAAAAUUAUCAGCUGAGCCAGAAUUUUGUUAUGUCACCCUAAUUAUUGGUGUUCAUCUUUCUGCAGCCUUGAUGUUUUACUGCGCAUGCGUCCUCGACCAAAGGAAUCGUACGGGCUAGUGGCCUACCUUCUUGGUUUGUACUCUAAUUCAGUAGAGUUCUCUAACUUGUGAAAACAAUGAUAUUGUCCACUUACGCUGAAUAAUUAAGUCUGGCAAUUUCAAAAGCGAGACUGAUUUGUGUUCUUGAUCAUUGAAAAGGAACCUUCAGACGUUUAUAUGUCAUAUCGAUUUACUUCUCCAUAAUUAUCUGAUUUGCAUUUACUGAGAAAUACGUAAGAAAGAUAAGCCUUGAUUGAAUAAAGGGUAUUACAAACACAGCGUAUUUCAUCGUUUUACUCUGAUUAUUACAGUUGGCAAUGUACAGUAUAAAAACCUGCGGGUAAGUACCUGGUUUUUAAGAACCCGUCAGGCUAAAAUUUGCCAGUAUCAUAUAUAGGCUCCUUCUAUGCAAGAACUUGUUUCGCCUAAAAUUUGAAGCAGGUUCAUAUUAUGUUCUGAAAGAGGACCCCAAUUUCAUGUAGACAGUGCUUCGGUUCUUCUGGUCAUUUUUACAUAAUACUUAUUUGGUAAGCAGAUUAUUCUUUAUAGAAGGAAUAAGCUGAAUACCAGUAAAUACUCUUAGCUACAAUGUGUUUUUUUUUUUUUCAAAAAAUAAGAACCCGAACAGCCUAAAUUUAUUUUUUUGUGCUAAUUACCAUUUUUAUAUAAGAACCUGAGUUGGGCUAACUUGGGAAAAUGCAAGUUCUUACUCGCGAGUUUUAACUGUACUUUACCUUUAGUUUAAGAUAUAGAACUGAAAACAGUUAUUUCUUAAUAUAUAUUAUUUGAGCCACUGAAGUUGAGAAUUGUUGUCUCAUAAACUGGCAGACGAUCAUCUCCCUCAACAGAAAUGGCAGACGUUAGACUAUCAAAUUCUUAAGCUUUCUCGUGAUGCGAUUACUCUCAAAAGUGCAACAAAAAAAUAGCUUCACAUAAUGUUGAACAUAUAUUGUAGAACAAGUGAUUGUAGCUUGAGUAUCAAGCGUUUCUGGGGAAAUGGGGAAAUAUGGAAGCGAAAAAGGGAGAGAGCUUUUUAAAGUGAUUGCUGUAGCCGGAACACUGAACUUGAAUUAGAGCCAAUUAAAGAGAAAAUUGCUAUCAACUCUACACAUUAAGCGGGUAGAUUGGUUCCAUUUGUUGAUGAUAUAGUCGCGUACUUAUUUUAGGACAGCAUAUGCAAAGUACUGGAAAGGGACGAGCUGGACCAGCUGGCCCCGUUGGAAAACAAGGACCACCUGUACCGAAAGGUACAAUUAAUUGAAGCCAUUCGCACGAUGACCUAAAGAAAGUGGCGAUAAAAUAAUUUUUCCCUUCAUUGAUAGCCAGGAAGAAUGAGAGAAAAUAGGGAUCGAGUACUCGAGAUCUAGUAUAAGUCAUUCAACUCAGCCACUUAAGUCAAGAUGGACAAUGAAUUCAAAACAACUUAAUGUUUUUAAGAGUUCGUGUUUGUCUUACGCACGUAAUCUGAGUUUAAUAAGGUUAGAGGUAAAUCCACUAUGACAAUGAAAAACGGUUUGUUUUACUUGUUAUUUUCUUAUCAUGAAAAGAAGAAUUCUACCACUUAAAUUUGUUUAUGGCAUUCGCCCCAUGUAAGAAAAUCUAAGAGAGUCUUGCGGUCUGAAUUUCACGCUAUGGAUUCCAGAUUCCAGCUAUGGAUUCCUAGCUGUUUGUCAGAGGCACUUGAUUCCCAAUUCCAAUUUUUCUGAGCGGUGCCCUGGAUUCCAAAGCCCAGGAUUCCGGAUUUCACCAGCAAAAAUUUCGGAGAUUCCGGAAUCCGGAUUCCCUUAACAUGGGACAAAUUUCCUGAUUUCCUCGUUUCUUUAUUAAGUAAUUUUAAAACAAACAUUCAACCGCCUCCUGACGACGAGAUCAGAAAUCAAAUGUAAGUGGUAAUUUAUAAAACCAAAUAAAGCUCAUAAUGAGCUCGAUGAAUCACAAAGCUGUGCUACUUUGAAGAGCAGAAAAUUGCUAGUAAGAACUUAAAUAACCAGUUAAGUUGCAGAGUGCUAAGGGUCAUUUUAACUGUCAUAGGGGAUCCGGGAAAACCUGGAACCAACAAGCCAUUUCCAGGCCCUCCUGGUCCUAAAGGAGACCAGGGAACAGUUGGGAAGACUGCAGCCCAGGGACCACAGGGUGCCAAAGGAGAAAAGGGACGGGAUGGAUCUGGGACAUCAGGAGUGAGGUACAUUCGCUGGGGAAGAACCACAUGUCCUACUGGGGUGCAGAUAGUUUACAAAGGUAAUAAAAUGAGAACAAUUUUAUAAAUCGUGAAUAAUUACUGCCCAAUUAGCUUAUAAACUGGUAAGGGCAAGUCUGGUGAAUUAUUCCACAAAGAUGUGUUCUUAAACUUCUUAGCACGAUCUUCUCGUUGAAGUAGAUUUCACAUUUUUAUGUUGUCGCCUUAGGCAUCUUUUAUAUUCCAAAUCCUUUUGAAAAAUGAUUCGAAAGUAACGUCAAUUGAAUUAAUCAUUCAACAACUUAUGCCCCAUUCAAACCAACAACAUGUUUAGUUGAACUAAGUUUUAAAAAAAUGAAAAACAGUAACGGAAAACUUAAACAAAGGCUUUUGCACACAAUCCAUGCAAGUGAACUUUAAAACAUGCUACAAAACUGCACUAAAUUUGUCUUCAUUAGAAGUCAAAGAGUACUGACUUUUUAUAGAAAUAACAAAUUUAAACCUUGUUUAACAAAACACCUUUUUAAACAUGUUUAAGCUUUGAUCUGAAUGUGACUUUAGUUUCAAUUUACUUUGAGUAUUUAAUGUAUGAUUGCGGUUACCAACAAGGGAAACGAAGUAAAGCCAGGGAAAUUGAACAUGACAGUAGACUCUGGGUGUGACCAAAACACUCAGUGGAUCAAGAUUUUUUUAGGUACAGUCAAUCCCGCUCUAACACUCGUUUAAUACGGACACCUUUAUAUUACGGGCAGUUUGCUUUGUCCCUGGGGAAAGGGAACUCUUCGUACACUUUUUCUAAAUUAAACCCGCAUAAUAUAGACACAUUCCAUGGCCCCUUCAGUCUCUGUAGAAACGGGAUUUAACUGUAAUCUAGUCAGCUCCUAUCAAAAAACAUUCUGUAGUCUUAAAUUAAUUUGUUGUUCACAUCAGAUAUAAUGGGUAGAGCCGGGGAGCUGAGGGGGCUUUAUCAACCCCACCCCGUCCACACACCUUUUUCCAGAGGAAAAAUUUUUCUUUCACUGAAUAGUAAACUACUUCCGUUAACGUUAAUUCGAUUGGUACUCACUAGUUAUUCGAGAAAAGAAGUAAAAUACAUAAAGGUAUUCACUAGAGGAAAGCAUUGUUUGAAUCGAACUUGCUUUAUUUAAGGAAUUUUACAAAAAAUUAGACAAAACCUGUCGGAAACUUUUCGUGUUUACGUGUUUUCAACAUUUUUCUAACGUGCGCUUCCUUCCCACACAAGAAGAACUCCUACAUGCAGGCCAGUGUACUAAGGGUGGAUAUAAUCAUAUAGAAGGCUGAGGAAUAUGUAUCACGUUUUUAAAAUACAAAACCUCCAUUUCUGUAAGCAAUUCAAAAGUAAUCGGUGUUAUGGUACCCAUCUAGAAAACCUAAUGGUUCACUUGGCCAUCAUAAUCAGACUUUAAUCCUGAUUCAAUAGAAAGGUUUAUAUUGUAAACAACAAACUAAAAGGCUGGAACUUAGCAUUAGUUAAAUAUUGAGAGAAAAUUCAUCUGAGACUGGCAUUCGACAAUCGGUUGCAAAAUACAUUGUAUUGACAUCACUUUUGAUUCCGGAUUCAAAAUCUUGGGAUACGCAACCCCCAACUGGGACUCUUUAUUUUGGAUUCGCGCAUCUUCGUGAACGUCAAAACUGAUCCACUACCAGAAUGUCCCAUAUUCGUCAAGAAUCAGAGCAAAUCUACCCCAGUUUAAUUAACCUUAACCCGUUCGUUUGCCGGUGAAAUUGCCUUUCAAUGCUAAUGGUAGUCCAUACUGUACAACCGCAUUGCACAUGGCUUUUCAGUUUAAAAGUCGCUACCCGAAUUUAAACGAAAGAAUAUGUGCGUUGCGAAAUUGCGGUUUGUUGGUACGUUAAUGUUCUGUCAUCAGUAACCAUACAAAUGGGGCUAGGUGGAAAAUGUGGUCAAUGCCGAGUGUGGAUAGUGCGCAUUGUGGUAGAAAAUGCCGAGUGUAGAAAAUGUGGAGAGCGGAAAAUGCCGAGCGUAUAGUGGAUCAUUCAAAUGUUGGGAGGAGAGUCUACUACUGUCUACUAGACAAUGAACUUCGUCAAUAUAACUGUGAAUGUUUUGGCUAAAUGAGCGUCCGUGAAAACUUCAAGUUGUAAACCUAUACGUCAUAGGACCUGUUCAUUAAAUCGGCGUCAGUCAAUUGAAUGGCUAUUUAGUAUAGCAGACUAGACUUUCUAUUCUCAAUGCUGAUGGUACAUGUAAUAAAUAUUAUUGUAGUCAGAAUUACCAAUCGCUCAGUUUAUUACACAAAGAUUUCUUCUCGCACUGCAGCUGACCCACUAGAACAAUUCCGAUACAAAUUGAAACUUUACUCAGGACGGUACUCUGUUGUAUUCAGUCGCAGAUUUGCAUAUGGUCUAGCAAUUUGGCUUUGUCUACAAAUACGUCAAAUAGAGUUAGUUUCUGAACAAACAACAGUUUCCUUUUUUAAUGCAAAAAUGAGAGACAAAUUUUCAGGGCAAAGGUCGGCAAACAAGUGAAUUUUCACCGUCAGUUUCUGAGGAAACUGAACUGAUGAAGCAAGGGCUUGAAGUUUAAGUCGACAGAGUUACUGCAGAGCUAAUAAGUGAAAAUCCCCCUAUUCGUGUGUUUUACACAUUAAUUAAGACAUACUAUACUCAUCUGUGUUUGUCCGCAAAUAUAUAAAACAACGUCAUGCAUAUCAGUCAUGAUCAGUCUUGUGGCGUGAUGUCGUGGCUAACAUAAUGCAAGAUGGCUAUAAUUUCCCUAGUAAAUUAUUUCACUCUAAAGGCCUUCCGUAACUAAGAAUCACUCAACUGUUUGUACAACCAACCCAUGAAAAGAUAGCGCGGAGAAGAUCCCUGCGAUGAUGCGUCGUGAGAAGCCAGUGAAGGUGACGAUCGAUCUCUCGCGUUCUCAUGUGUACUGUAACCGAUGAUUUUCACGUAGUAUUUCUUUCCCUUAGUCAAAUUAUAGGGCACGACCUUUGUUUGAUUAAUGCUAACAUUAUAGUACAUUACUCAAUGCUGGAUUCCUGAUAAAUUAGAAGGGGGAAGGGCGGAAACAGAAGUUAAAAACAGCGGCAUUAAACUUUGAAUUGAAUUCAACAUGAAAGUUUAGUUGUGUGUCAGUCGUUUAACAUGAAAAACAAAAUCUUUGCGCCUGCUAAGAACAGCUAAAGAACAUCGAAUUCAGACGGCAUAAAAAAAAUACGUCAGUCCAUUUCAUACGAUUCCACUCCAGAUGUAAUGGCCAGAAUAAUACUUACAUGAGGAGUUCCGAAGGCUUUUUUUUCCUCUCUGUUUCAAUCAGUAAUUCAAUUGUAGUCUGAGCACUCUCUACGUGUAUUGAAUGAUGGCCAGUGUUACUGAUACUAUAAGUUAGAAUUAUAAAUAAAUUAUUCACACAAUUAGAUGUUAUGAAAACCCGUAUUAUGAUGUGAAAAAACCUGCGGAUUACAAAAACCCCCAGGCUAACAGAACUGUUGAUGAUAACAACCAUACAUGCCCCUCUUAGUUUUUGGUACAAAUUUUAAAGGAUAAUAAUCUGUCGCAAAACUUAGUAAGCGCUUGUAAGGUGGCUAUUAAGAAGACGCGAUUAUAAAAUCUGAAAAGCUGAAAAAUACGGUAUUAUUCAUUGAUUCUAACACAGAACUUUUUCACGACCUUGUUCGUUGAUUAUUGUUAUAAGGGUUUCGUGGAAUCCAGGGCCGGUUACUUACCACGGGAAAACCCGAAUUUCCGGUGGAUAAACCUCGGUUCGCGCUAUUCCAUAUUUGGGAAGCUUCAGAAAACAUGGGCUGCUAUUUGUAUGAGGGAUGCAAUUUUUCUACUCUUUUUAGUCUGCAAAGCUGAUUUGGUUAUACUUUAAUUUGUUGUGGGUCGUUCUCCAACCACGUCAAAUUUUAUAGUUUUGUGUAUAGUUUUGUGUUUAUGAAAACGAUUCCCACCGGGGGGGUUUGUGUAAAUGGCAAGCACCCCUGUUCUUCAAAAACUUACUUCCGGUUAAAGUAGUGCUACGUCAGAGACGCGAAAAAAUUCUCGUUUAGUUUUCUAUGUAUCAUAAUCCAGUGAUAUCAACAAAGCAUUAAUAAAUUUCUUGUGGUGGAUAGAAAGAGCUUUCUUUGUUUUUCUCGUGGCUUCAAAUUUCAAAAGUUCAAGUUUUAAGGAAAGCGCUACUCGAUCGGAAAUGGAUUUUUGGCCAGUAGUGUCACCUCGGACCGGACUGCGCUUCAUUGUUGUGUCGGUGAUGUUCUGUGUCAUCUUCGUUCAUUUGACUUCUGCUAAGAGUCAGUCGUUGCUGUACCGAGGACCAAGAGCAGUCAAGAAAAAUGCCAACUCUGUCGGCGGUGACUUUGAAAGAAGACUGAAAGCCAUGGAAGAAAGGUAAGCUUUCAAAUGAACGACCUUUGUUGAAUAAAAAUUUAGAACUUUUUUCUGUUCCUUUCGGUAAGAAGCUGAGAGAAUCGCUUAAUCCCCAAACUCACGCAUACUAAAUGUCCUUAGAUGGAUUUAGUUACGGCAUAUUAAGUAAUAAUACAACGAGAUUUCUCGAGAAGCGUUCUAAACCAUUGCCAUGUUUAAAACAUUUUAGAUCAUGUAGAAGUUUAGCUUCAAUGUAAUCCUUCAUGCUUGAAUGCAAAACAGUCACACAUCUUACUAUAAGCCGGGCUAAGUUUUUUUUCUGGUUGACUGUUGUUGAAAAUCUGCGGGUUUUGAUUGUAGGAAAAUCAACCCUUCUGAUCACUGUUGUCUCUUUUAUUUUCUCCACUGAAGACACAACACCAGCACAAGCUUGACAAAUAAGCGAUUGGAAGAGAUAGAAAAAAGGUUUGUGAUGCUAUACAAUUGAAAAGUAGUCCUGAAGUUUUAUUCAAAUCCAUCCAGUAUUUCCUCCAUGAGUACUUUGUCGUUUGUGUCUCUUUUCAAUUGUUUAGAGCACCACAACAGCGAAAUCUGCCAUUUAGGCAUGUGGAUAAAUAAAAAUCAUUAUGAAGUUUUGAAACUUCUUUAGCGUGAUCCGGCUGUAGACAAGAUUUCACCCUUUACGAGUAUGAAGAGUUUUGAUCGUUUUCAUUUUAAUUGCCUACUUCUAGGAGGACUUUAUUUUUGAGGUCUACAAGAUAGAACAGUUGAACAGAACAGCAGAAAGUUCUAUUGAGAUUAUAUAUAGUUAUAAUGCAAAUUUCUAUACAGCGCGCUCUCAUUGCAUGAUAUAUAAGCUCAGUGCAUGUAUGCAGGUAUGAAGCUGUGAAAUAAUUGCCUACUAUACAAGCUUAUAAGGAAUCCAUUGUAAGAGUGUAACUGUCAGGUUUAUCAGCCAAGUUAUCUUUUCGUAGACUUGAUCUGCUGUUGCGUAUACCAUCUCGAUCACGGGACUCUUAUGCGUCGCUACUGGUCUCAUUAGGUUGGUAAAGAAACUUGAUGUAAACAAGAUAAAUACACUUACUAUAGGUGACUGGAAGAGCUAUAUUUUCCAGCUUGAGGCUCCGAUAAAUAAGCAGUUGUGGGAAAUAAAAGUUUUUACUCUCCCUACAAGAGCAGAAAAAUAUCAUCUUUUUUCUUAAGCGGUUUCAAUUCUCAGUUUAACUAAUCAAAAAAUAUUCUGUAAAAGUACCUGAAUUUGAUAGUGGGCGAAUAUCUCCUACAAGAGCAGAAAAAUAUCAUCUUUUUUCUUAAGCGGUUUCAAUUCUCAGUUUAACUAAUCAAAAAAUAUUCUGUAAAAGUACCUGAAUUUGAUAGUGUGCAAAUAUCUGCAUAUUUUCUUUCUUGAUUCGGUUUCUUUGAUGAUGUUGGUAUAUUGAAGAUGAGGUUUUUAAAAAUGCUUGAAAAAUGUCUUACUCGGUGUUAUUGCUUUGUGUUUCUGAUUUCACAAACUAGGGAGUUAAUCCAGACGAAAGAAAAAAAAUGUACUAAGGAAGUGUCACAGUACUGCUUUUCUCGGUUCCUGUUUCCAAUCGUCAGAAAAGUGACUUUGUCAGAAACGAGUAUAAACAGUAGUUUCACAAAGGUUAAAAAAACUGAGAUAUUUCUAACUAAGUAGUAUUGUUUUAGAUAUUAUAAGUAACCAAGAAUUAGGGGCUGUGAGUAGGUUAACCUAAUCAAAUAAGGCUGUGUGCUUGGCGUUCAUCCGUUCGUGGUGUAUUUCAGGCCAGCAUGGUCAAAGUACCUUGGGAAAGGUGCGCGUUGGACCAGCUGGUCCCCCUGGGCCUCCUGGGACACCUGGGCCAGCUGGACCAACAGGAAAAACUGGAGCUACUGGACCAUCAGGACCUAAAGGUAAAAUUAUCUGUUGUUUCUUUCUUGGUGUUGGAAACGGGUUAAUCACCAAAUGACGUAAUUCAUGCAAAAGAUGGAAAAGACGCUAAAUAAUACCCACACCAAAACACAAGAGCGAAAAAGCAAUAGUUUUCGAGCUGGCUCCAUGGCACCUAACUUAGAAAUUAAAAGCGCUCGUAUCUAAUUAAAUUAAAUUUUCUGGCAAUAAAAUACCCAAUAACGUUGUUGAGUGCUCAGCAUGAGGUCAUUCUUCACAGGGGACGCGGGAAAACCUGGAACCAACAAGCCAUUCCCAGGCCCUCCUGGUCCUAAAGGAGACCAGGGAGCAGUUGGGAAGACCGGAGCCCAGGGACCACAAGGUGCAAAAGGAGAAAAGGGACAGGAUGGAUCUGGGACAUCAGGGGUGAAGUACGUUCGCUGGGGAAGAACCACAUGUCCUAGCGGCGCUCAGGUAGUUUAUAAAGGUAAGAGAAUGGUCAUCCAAAUAGUAGGGUUAUUGCACUCUACUGGUCAAUGCAAAUAGGUUCUUAAGAUGUAGAGUGACUAGCGAAUAUUUCUAUAUCUAGUAAUUAUUUUCCAGUAUUAUUACGCUUAUUACAUUCAACGUCUUUGCUGCUCUCUUUUUCCAGACAACUUUAUUCCCUAUCAUUGAAACCACCAUGAAAAAAGAAUUGCACUAGAUCGUUUUUUACGGCCAUUCGGGAUGUAAUAUAGAGUUAUUAAUCAAGUUAAUUUUGCUCCUGCCACCAGGUAUAAUGGGUGGAGAGCACUACACUCACCCUGGUGGUGGGGCGAAUUACCUCUGCCUUCCACAAAAUCCAAAAUAUGACAAGUACAAAAAUGGCCGUCAGAGCGCCGGAUACGUGUACGGCACUGAAUAUCAAGUGAGUGAUCACAACGGAGACCCUUUUAAGAGAAAUCUCCAUGAUCAUGAUGCGCCAUGCGUUGUCUGCUUCGUCAAGUCACGUGGCUCAAUGUUGAUGAUGCCCGCGAGGAAUGACUGUCCAUCUGGCUGGACCGAGGAGUAUCAUGGGUACCUGAUGACAUCUGAUUAUACCCACAAGCAUUCAAGUGACUUCGUCUGUGUUGAUGGGGAUCCGGAGUAUGUUCCUGGUAGCCAUGCCAACAAAAAUGGUGCUUUGCUGUACGCUGUGGAAGGUGUUUGUGGCUCACUCCCGUGUCUUCCUUAUGUCGGCGGUCGAGAGUUGACAUGCGCUGUGUGUACCAAGUGAUGAGGGGCCUAUAAUGAGCUGCAACGUCAAAAAAAAGGAUAAUUAUUUUUGAUUCGAAAUAUCAUAAUACGCCAUUAAGUUAAAAAAAAAAAAACGUAAAGGAAAGUCCAUUGUAGCAUAACACGAGCUACAUGUACAAGUAAAAACAAUAAAAAUAAAAGAUAAUCAGUCAGAAAAAACAAUAUGUUACUUUACUGGGAAUCUUUAAGCUCCUAUGUCCUUUUACCUUGUCCGAAAUCAAGGAAAAAAAGCGGUUCAAAAUACUUACAAGUAAAAACAAUAAAAAUAAAAGAUAAUCAGUCAGAAAAAACAAUAUGUUACUUUACUGGGAAUCUUUAAGCUCCUAUAUCCUUUUACCUUGUCCGAAAUCAAGGAAGAAAAGCAUUUCAAAAUACUUUGACGCUUAUACGCAGCAAAUUAUAGAUUUUUUUAAGUACAUCAAUAAACGCAUGUUCGUCAUUGAAUACACCACAAAUUUUGUUUUUAUGCUAUUAUUUCGGCUAUUUUGAUUUAACUGUACUCCGAGCCUUUGGUGAGGAAAUAGUCAAGUAUCAACUGGACAUUUUCUUUCCUCUUUCUUGCCGAGACAUUCUUUAGAGGAGUUGAACAUUGAUUGACCAUAAGAUGAUAUUGCACACUUGCGUACGUUAUCUGGUUCACAGGACACCCAAUAUAAUUAUCUAUAUCACCAUUAAUCUUUCGACCUGACAACAAGGAAUUAUUUAGAAUGAGAUUAAGCUGUUAGCAAAGAGACACUGCUCGCGUUUAAAGCUCAAAACAGUAUAAGUUCUUUUUCAGCUUCAAGAUAAUGAACUCAGAGUCGUCUCUAUGAAGAUAACAAAAACUCUAAAUGAAAAUAUGGCUGUCACAUUUGUAUUCGCAAUUGAAGCAAUUGCAAUUUAACCCGAUAAAAAUUCGGGGCUAACUUCAAUGCGAUUAAAACCCAUGAACUAUGAAGAUCUAUACAUUGGGAGCAGGGCAAUUUGUUGAGUUUAUCUUACACGCGAAAGUUCACAUCAUCUUCACUGCACAACAGAAACUGUCUCGUCAUUAAUAAUGAUAAUAAAGCGAUUUACAAUUAGAUUCGAAAAUGUAUCUAAAAAUUAAAGUCACACACUGUCUGUCUUUUCAUUGGCUAAGAGUCUACAUUUAAAUUUGGAAAUCAGCGCAACCUACAGAUAAGUUAGUUAUCUUGAAAAAGAUAAGAUAAGGAAAUAAAUCCCAAAUGGCAGUUGAACACUGCCUCUUCAUUAUCAAUUACUACGCCCGUGAUCAUGAUUCUGUGUUUUCGCUCGUGCUCUAUUUUCUCGUAUUUAAAGAAAAUAUUUAGUCCCAGGGCAAAAGUUACAACAUUUAAGAAGAUUUAUCAACCUUUGCCCCCUAAUUUCUAUCCCUUCCACAUUCAGAAUCAAGAGCGUAAGGAAAGUAUCUAGAGCUCACAAUAGUGCAUGCAUGCUGUUUAGCGGUCGGAAAAAACAGCCCGUUGAAUCACCAUCGGAUGCCGAAUUAUGAUACAUUUCCCCAACGUAGCUUUCUUGUUGGGCUAAGUUUACACCCGAAGAGAUUUUUCUGGAUUCAUAAAUAUUUCCGAAUUUACUAUAUUUAGAGUAUUCGGAUUUGCAGGCGGCUUUUACACACAUCAAUUCAUCUGACUGAACAUUCGACAAUCGGUUGCAAAAUAUAUUGUAUUCACUUUUGAUUCCGGAUUCAAAAUCUUGGGAUACGCAACCAAACCGGGACUCUUUAUUUUGGAUUCACGCAUCUUCGUGAACGUCAAAACGGAUCCACUACCAAAAUUUCCCACUUAGAUUCGUCAAGAAUCAGGGCAAAUCUACUCAAGUUUAACUUAACCCGUUUGUUUGCCGGCGAAAUUGCCGGCUAAUGGUAGUCCAUAUUGUACAAGCGCAUUGCACAUGGCUUUUCACUUUAAAAGUCGCUACUCGAAUUUAAAGGAAGGAAUAUGUGCGUUGCGAAAUUGCGGUUUGCUGGUACGUUAAUAUGCAGUUAUAGCAUCAGCCAUACAAAUGAGGCAAGGUGGAAAAUGUGGUCAGUGCCGAGCGCAUAGUUUAUCAUUAAAAUGUUGGGUGGAGAGUCUACUACUGUCUACUAGACAAUGAACUUCGUCAAUUUAACAGUGAAUGGUUUGGCUGAAUGAGCGUCCGUGAAAACUUCAAGUUGUAAACCUAUACGUCAUAGGACCUGUUCAUUAAAUCGGCGUCAGUCAAUUGAAUCGUUAUUUAGUAUUAAUAGCAUACUAGACUUUCUAUUCUCAAUGCUGAUGGUAUAUAUAUUAUUAGAGUCAGAAUUACCAAUCAAAUCAGUUUAUUACACAAAGAUUUCUUCUCGCACUGCCUGUGACCCACUAGAACAAUUCCGAUACAAAUUGAAACUUUACUCAGGACGGUAUUCUCUUGUAUUCAAUCGCAGAUUUGCAUAUGGUCUAGCAAUUUGGCUUUGUCUACAAAUAUGUCAAAUAGUUUUUAAUUAGUUUCUGAACAAACAACAGUUUCUUUUCUUAAUGCAAAAAUGAGAGGCAAAUUUUCAGGACAAACAAGUGAAUUUUCACCGUCAGUUUCUGAGUAAGCUGCCUGAACACGCAAGUAACUAAGAAAAACCUCGAGAAGUUUAAGUCGACGGAGUUACUAAAGUAAUGAGUGAAAAUCCCCCUAUUCGUGCCGGACUCCUAAUAAAUUAGAAGGGGGAAGGGCGGAAACAGUUAUAGUUCCGACACUCACUGCAGAAACAUUAAAUACCUGAGCUAAAUGUUAUGGAUCUGAGCGAGUGAGAUCGCGACCAGGGAUCGCACCCUUCUCUGAAGUUUGUGGCGGAGAGAGAUGAGGGAUCUCAGACUGUAACCUUAGGCCCGUCGAAUUUCACAUGUGCGUUAUUUGGUCUGAUUCAACUCCCAUUUUAGUCGACUAAAAUAAUUUUUACAUACGGCAGUUUAUUCAGACUUCGGAUAUAAUGGUGUCGAAUUUAACUGCCGUCCUUUCGUUGUCCAAUAUGGAUAACACUUUCUUACAUAAUGCAUUAUAUUCUGCACAUGUGAAAUGCGUCGUCUCAAUAAAAAUACGAAAUUAUUCAUUGAUUCUAACACAGAACUUUUUCACGACCUUGUUCGUUGAUCAUUAUUAUAAGGGUUUCGUGGAAUCCAGGGCCCGUUACUUACCACGGGAAAACCGGAAAUUCCGGAUGGAUAAUCAAACCUCGGUUCGCGCUAUUCCAUAUUUGGGAAGCUUCAGAAAACAUGGGCUGCUAUUUGUAUAAGCGAUACAAUUUUUCUACUCUUUUUAGUCUGCAAAGCUGAUUUGGAUAUAAUUCUUAGCGGGUCGUUCUCCAACCACGUCAAAUUUUAUAGUUUUGUGUAUAGUUUUGUGUUUAUGAAAAAGAUUCCCACCCGGGUGGUUUGUGUAAAUGGCAAGCACCCCUGUUCUUCUAAAACUUACUUCCGGUUAAAGUAGUGCUACGUCAGAGACGCGAAAAAAUUCUCGCUUAUUUUUCUGCGUAUCAUAAUCCAGUGAUAUCGACAAAGCAUUAACAAAUUUCUUGUGGUGGAUAGAAAGAGAUAUCUUUGUUUUUCUCUUGGAUUUAACUGAUUUCAAAAGUUGAAGUUCGGAAAGCGCUACUCGAUCGGCAAUGAAAUUAUCGCCAAUCGUGUCACAUCGGACCGGACUGCGCUUCAUGGUUGUGUCGGUGAUGUUCUGUGUCAUCCUUGUUCAUUUGACUUCUGCUAAGAGUCAGUCGUUGCUGUACCGAGGACCAAGAGCAGCCAAGAAAAAUGCCAACUCUGUCGGCGGUGACUUUGAAAGAAGACUGAAAGCCAUGGAAAAAAGGUAAGCUUUCAAAUGAAUAUCCUUUGUUGAAUCGAAUUCAGAACUUUUUUUUCCCUUCGAUAAAAAGCUAAGGGAGUCGCUAACCCCCACACACAAAAUAUCCUUGGAUGGAUUUAUUUACGGCUUAAGUAAUAAUACACUGAGAUUUCUCUAGAGGAGUCUAAACCAAUGGCCAUGUUUAAUACAUUUGUAGAUGAAGAAUACUUAAGUUUAGCUUCAAUGUAAAGCGGUCACGCAUCUUACUCUAAGGUGCAAUUUAUUCUUGACUGAUUGUAAACAAGUGACUUUUCUUAUUCACAAACUACGUUUCGAGAUUAGUUUUCUGGUUGACUGUUGUUGAAAAACUGUGGGCGUUGAUGGUAGGAAAAUCAACCCUUUUGAUCACUGUUGGCUCUUUUAUUUUCUCCACUGAAGGCACAACACCAGCACAAGCUUGACAAAUAAGCGAUUGGAAGAGAUAGAAAAAAGGUUUGUGAUGUUAUACAAAUUGAAAAGUAGUCCUUAAUGUUUCAUUCAAAUCCAUCCAGUACUUCCUCCAUCAGUACUAAUUUCUGCAUUACUUGGAUGACCUACUUCCUUUCAAAAUAAAGAAAGAUGCAAUUUCAUUGACUAUCUGAGGUCUUCGAGAUCACGUUGGUAUGAUUUUUCAAAUUGCACCGUGCUGGCGAUGAUCGCCGUUUUAAACAAAUUGUAAUUUGUUAUAUAUGGUCAAUCUUUAAGCUCGGUGGGGGAAUUUUCCUUACCCCCUUUUUUUUUUGCGAAUUUUCAUCCAGAUUUUAAUGGGAGCAGAAAAUAAUUUCAAAUGACCUUUUGAUGUGAAAAACUUCAGUAUACUGAGAAUUAAAUAGUACUUAAUGUACCGAAAGCAUGUCCAGAGUUCAGUGUGAUGAAAAAACAAAUACUGGAGGAGGAGGGUAAUGAAGAUUCCAAGCGCACUCACUCUCAUUUUCAUAAACUGAAGCCCGUCAUUGUUAAAAUUUUUAACUUGCAACCACUCAAAUAUUGAUGACAACCCUGCCCUACAAUAAAAUACAAUUUUUUAAUGUCGUUUUUGUCUCUUUUCAAUUUUUUAGAGCGGCACAACACUUAAAUUUGCCAUCUUGUAGAUAAAUAGAAAUAAUAAAAAGUUUUUUAAACUUCUUCAGCGUGAUCCGGCUGUGGACAAAAUUUCAUCCUUUACGAGUAUGAAGAGUUUUGAUCGUUGUCAUUUUAAUUGCUUACUUCAAGGGGGUUUUUAUUUUCAGGUCUACAAGUUAGAAACACCUCGGUAAUGCCAAGAAGAACAGAAGAGCAGGAUUAGUUCUAUUGAGAUUAUAUAUAGCUAUGAUGCAAAUUUCCAUACCGUACGCUCUGAUUGCAUGAUAAGUGAGCUGCAAGGUUGAAGCUGUAAAAAAUUGCCUACUAUACAAGCUUAUAAGGAAUCCAUUCUAAGAGUGUAACUGUCAGGUUUAUCAGUCAUGUUAUCUUUUCGUAGACUUGAUAUGCUGUUGCAUAUACCAUCUCGAUCAGGGGACUCGUAUGCGUCGCUACUGGUCUACUUAUUAGGUUGGUAAAGAAACUUGAUGUAAACAGGAUAAACACACUUACUAUAGGUGACUGAAAAAGCUAUAUUUUCCAGCUUGAAGCUCGGAUAAAUAAGCAGUUGUGGGAAAUGAAAGUUUUUACUCUCCCAACAAGAACAGAAAAAUAUCAUCUUUUCUCUUAAGAGGUUUCAAUUCUCAGUUUAGCUAAUUAAAAUCUAUAAAAUUCCUUGAAUUUGAUAGCGGGCGAUUAUCUCCAUAUUUUCUUUCUUGAAUCAGCUUCUUUGAUCAUGUUGGUGUUGUGAAGAUGAGGUUUUGCAAAACGUUUGAAAAAUUAUCUUAAGUGUUAUUGUUUUGUGUAAUGAUUCGCAAACAGGGCAGUUAAUCCAGACGAAAGAAUAAAAAAAGUGUACUAAAGAAUCGUCAGAAACGUGACUUUGUCACGAACUAGUAAAAACAGUAGUUUCACAAAGGUUAAAAAAACUGAGAUAUUCAGAACUGAGCAGUGUUGUUUUAGAAAAGUAACCAAAAAUUACUGGCUGAGUGUAAGCUAACCUAAUCAAAAUAAGGCUGUGCUUGGCGUUCAUCCGUUUUUAGUGCUUUUCAGGCCAGCACGGUCAAAGUACUGCGGGAAAGGUGCGGGUAGGGCCAGCUGGUCCCCCUGGGCCUCCUGGGACACCCGGGUCUUCUGGAACACCUGGGCCAGCUGGACCAACUGGAAAAACUGGAGCUUCUGGACCAGCAGGACCUAAAGGUAAAAUUAUCACUUUGUCAAACUGAAAAGAUACAUGCACAGCUGUAUAGAACAAUGGAAAACAAAAAACAGAAAAAAAAAUACUAAAACCAACCUUUGCCCAAAAGUUCAAAAACUUAAACAACCUGAACCUAACGAGUAUAAAUUAAGUACUAAACACAGUCAGGAUAACGACGUUUGAGCUCUGCUUGAUUGUUAUUGGCUCCUAUUGGUGACUGGAAUCGCGCCGAAAAUGGGGUUAAGAGUGGGAUGUUUACAUGCAAGGGCACGAAAUAUCAAAUAGCACCAAAUGUGGUUGAAGAAAGUCUUUCAAAACUUUCUCUGAAAUAAACGAAAAGAAAAUAGAAGAAAUCAACAAUCUUGAAAAAAACAAAACAAAAAAAGUGAUAGAUGUAUCCACUAUGACGUCGAAAGUUGCCGAAAUCAAAAGAGAAUGAGAAACAGAAACCUUUCGGUGAGAAAAGCACUUAUCUUCGGUCCAGUUAACAACAGUAAUUAACUGGGAUAAAGAGAACAUAAUUACUUCUGCCAACGAUUAUGAAAAUAACAAAACGAAAAAAGUUUAACGACCCCUGCACUAAAUAAAUUUAAUUACCGAUUUUAGAAAGUGAAAUGAAGAAAUGGAUGAACUUCAGAUCAGUGGGGACCAUUUUUUUAACAUAAGUUACUAAAAUAAAAAAAAAAUUGUCUUUAUAAACACCUCGAACGACAAAAAAGAACUUAAAGAAAUCUUCCUCCUCGCUCUUUCGUUUCUCCGGCCUUUUCCUUUCCUUCGCUAGUGUGUUUUUCGAGCUUAUCGGGGGCAAAAACCUGCGUUUUGGCUCUUUCUCACCUAAAUGGCUGCUCAUUUUCAAAAAUAUAGCUAGAGUUGGUCACUGCUUUUCUUCAGUCAUUUUUUUACACUCUAUACACCGAAUUCUUUUUGGAUACUUAAUGCCGGUCCCAGUCGUUUGUCUUAGAAAUAGUUGACUGUACAUCACAAUUACAGGAGAACCAGGACAGCUUGGUGGCAAAAAGGUGAUUCAAGGCCCUCCUGGUCCUAAAGGAGACCAGGGAGCAGUUGGGAAGACUGGAGCCCAGGGAUCACAGGGUGCAAAAGGAGAAAAGGGACAGGAUGGAGCUGGAAAUUCAGGGGUGAAGUACGUUCGCUGGGGAAGGACCACGUGUCCAAAGGGUGCUCAGAUGGUUUAUAAAGGUAACGACUUCAAAAAUCAUGCGGAGUUUUGUUACCGUCAAUAAUGAGCCUAACUGCUUGCUUUCUUUAUUUUAAGUGACAAUUUAUUGUUACAUAUUGACUCGAAUUUUUCUGAACCACUUGAAGAUGUUAUCUAUGCCAAAUAAUAAUGAUAAUAAUAAUAAUCAUCAUCAUCAUCAUCACCAUCAUCAUCAGAUGAUAAUAAUAGUAAUAACAGCAACAACAACAAAAAAUGUAAACAACAGUCAAGACACACUGAAGUUUCAUUUUUGAUGACAUUAAGUUUAAGAAUAAAAAAACCUUUUGAUAAAAUAAAAAAAGGUAGUCAAAGUGAAAGUAAGAUGAUUUUAAUAACGGUCUGGCGGCUUCUUGUUUUUUUUUUUUUUAUCUUCUUUGUGUCAGGUAUAAUGGGAGGAGAAGACACGGCGCACCUUGGUGGUGGAUCGAACUACCUCUGUCUUCCUCGGGAUCCAAUUUAUGAAAGGUACAAACCUGGUCAUCAGAAUGCUGGACGCGUGUAUGGCGUUGAGUAUGAAGAGAGUGAUCAUAGCGGAGAUCCAUUUAAUAGAAAUCUCCAUGACCAUGAACCACCCUGCGCUGUCUGCUUCGUCAAGUCACGUGGUUCAUUGCUGAUGAUGCCUGCACGGAAUGUCUGUCCCUCCGGGUGGACCGAAGAGUACCAUGGGUACCUGAUGACUUCACACUAUGCCCACAAGCAUUCAACUGAAUUUAUAUGUGUCGAUGGGAAUCCAGAGUACGUUCACGGCACCAACAUAAACAGGGAUGGUUCCCUGUUGUACCUAGUGGAAGGAGUUUGUGGCUCACUCCCGUGUCGUCCUUAUGAAGCCGGUCGAGAGUUGACAUGCGCUGUGUGCACUAAGUGA